CCCGCGGCCAUGGCUUCCAACGACGACGGCCAGGACCUUGUGGUCUACGGCACGCCCAUCGAGCGGGAGGAGGACGUCUCCGCCCGCAAGCGCCGCGGCGUCGCCGAAGCAGGCCAGCUCCGCACCCUCCCCGCCUGGAAGCAGGAGGUGAGGGAUGAGGAAGGGCGGAGAAGAUUUCAUGGUGCAUUUACUGGAGGCUUCUCUGCUGGCUUUUACAAUACCGCCGGCUCAAAAGAAGGAUGGGUGCCACAGACAUUUACAUCGUCACGAAAAAGUAGAGCUGAGCAUAAAAAGCAAAGCAUAUAUAGCUUUCUUGAUGAGGAAGACAUCAAGGAUAUGGGAGGUAAUGCCUUGGAAACGUCCCAACAGUAUGAUACAUUUGGUUUUACAGCUGCAGAACAGGCCAGAAAACAAGCAUCCAAGGAACAAAUUGAGAGACCAUCAGCUAUACCUGGACCUGUUCCGGAUGAAUUGGUGGUCCCUGCCACAACCUCGAUUGGUGUGAAAUUACUGAUGAAAAUGGGCUGGCGUCAAGGUCGUACCAUCAAAGAUGCGCAUGCCGAUUCCUUAUAUGAAUCACGCAGAGAAGCUAGAAAAGCCUUUCUUGCACUCUCUGGUAUCAGUAAUAAUGAGGACCAAGAUAAGGUUUCUUCCCAGAAAUCUAGAGUGGACGAAAAUGUUGCAGAAUCAUUUGAUGAUAUGCGUGCUUCCGGAAAUACUCCAGUGUAUGUACUUCAUCCAAAGGAGGAUUUGCAUGGUUUAGGUUUUGACCCAUUCAAGCAUGCUCCAGAGUUCAAAGAUAGGAAAAGAUCGCAGAAGUCAGUAAACAGGGACAGAAACAGAAGUGAUGCUUCAGUGAGGGGAAAUCUCCUGAUUUCUAACUCAGGACAAUAUGCUCCUGGCUUUGGAAUUGGAGCACUCGAAGAGCUUGGUGUUGAAGAUGAGGAUAUUUAUGCAUCAGGGUUCUCUUAUGAACUAACAGAAGUUGAUAUCGAGCCUUCGAAAACAUCUGGUGAUAGUAAGUUUAAACUUGAAGAUAGGAAGAGAGGUGUCUUCCUGAGCUUCAAAAUUGCCUCAAAUUCGGAGUAUAAACUUGAAAGAUUUCACCCUCCUGAGAUCCCAGCUGAUUUUGACGGCCACCAUAAGUUCUCAAGUCCAAUUCAGGCAGCUGAUAAAUAUUCUGAUCUAGCUCCUCCUGAGGUUCCUCCUCCAGAAGACACUACCUUAAGAUUAUUGAUUGAGGGUUGUGCUGCUAUGGUUGCUCGUUGUGGGAAACACAUAGAGGAUUUCUACAAGGAAAAAAGUAAAGCAAACCCACAAUUUAUUUUCCUUGAUGGGGGAGAUGGAUUUAGCUACUAUGCUAGGAAGUUAUGGGAGAAUCAACAGAAGUUUGUUGACCAGCAAAGACCUGAUUCCGUGAAGUCAAAGCCUUCUUCUGACAAGUUAACAGCUGAGAAUCGUGGAAACAUCCUUGGUGAAAGGCCCCUCGAUAGAACCUCCAAAUCAUCUAGCACAUAUUUUUCUGCAAAGGAAGCUGUUCAAUUACAAUCAAAUCUGGGGGACACCUUUGUCAAGCCAAUAUCUCUUGAUGGCGUACCAGAUUCAAAGAAGCCUUUUAGAAAUGAGCCUGCAAAGCAAGCAAGGUUUGAGCAGUUUCUGAAGGAAAAAUAUCAGGGAGGUCUUCGAAUUGCAAGUGUUGUACCUACAAGUUCUAUGUCAGAGGCGGACCGUGCUCGUGAAAGACUAGAUUUUGAGGCUGCUGCAGACGCAAUUGAAAAAGGCAAAGAAUAUAAGGCUAUAGAUCCUUUAUCAAUAUUGGGUUUAAACGAGCAACGUUUUGUACCAUCAACUCAAUCGGAGAGCUCUGCAGUACCCCGAGAUGAGAAACCCAUGUAUUUACCGAGGGAGGAGUUUGAAUGGCGUCCUUCACCAAUACUGUGCAAGCGUUUUGAUAUUGUUGAUCCUUUCAUGGGGAAGCCAAUGCCUCUUCGAAGACCAAUAAGCAAGAUGGACACCCUCAUGUUUAUGACAGAAUCCACUAAAAGGACAAAUGAUGAUGUGAAGAGCUCAAGUGUGAUUUCACAGAACGCUUCUGCUGGAGGAACAGAACAGACAGAUGCAGAUGUACAUGCAAAUGACCCUGAUAUCGUGCCGAGCAGUAUGCAGAGACCUGUUGAUCUUUACAAGGCUAUCUUUUCUGAUGAUUCAGACGAUGAUAUGGAUGAACCUCUUAGCAAUAAACCGGUGGAUCCAGUGAAAACGAGUGAAGGUGCCAAUAUGGCUCUUAAUCGUCUUGUUGCUGAAGAUUUCCUGGAAUCUUUAGGUAAAGAACUGGGGCUGGAGGUUCCUGCAGAAAAACCUGCCAUGCCACAGAAUGUCUUAUUGAGAUCAGAAAUCCUUCCAACAGCUGAUGGAAGCGUUUCUAGGAAUGAAAAAACAACUGCUUGCAGAGAGAUAAAGGAGAAUGAGAUUCCCUUUGACUCGGUGAAAGCUGAUAAUGCAAAUGGAGAUGGUUUCGAAAAGCUUGAUUCAAAAUAUGAAAAGCAAGAGCAUAGAGCUGAGAAAGACCGGUCACACUCUUCACAUCGUCAAGUCUGGAAUGGUAGCUCAGAGUCUGAUACCGAGAUUGCACGACACAGGAGCAGGAAAAGAAGAUCACAUCAUAAAAUUAGGAGCGCAACACCAGAUUCUGAUUCUUCUGUGAACAGGCGCAGGAGUAAGAAAAGAAAGUCACAUUCAAGGCAUAGAACUGUCCGGAGUAGAACUCCUGAUGCCGAUUCGUCCAGUGACAGCCAGAAUAAGAGAAAACGCCAGGAGAAAAGGAGCCACCGGACCCGCACGCCUGACAUUGAUUCUAGUGAUGAAUACAAGGAUAAAUAUGCAUCUAGCAGUAGAAAGUCAUCAGAUAAAGACAGAAGUAGAAAGCGUUCUAGACACCGCAGGCAUAGAAGUAGAGACCCUGCAUAAUGUUCAUGAUUACAGCUACAUGAGUAUAUGGCUGUAACGGGUGGAGAAUUCACAGUAGCUUCUCCGGAUGAUCGAAGUUUGGGUGGAAGUGGGCCAGAUACUGAAGUGGAUGUUAGUUAUUACAUGUUCCUAUUGCGAAUCACCCAAACUAUUCAUUGUAGCAGCAUAAGUGUCUGGAAGCUUGUUGCACAUUAAUAACACCUCGUAUUCUGAUGACGCGGUUUUUGUAUGUCGAGUUUGUCUGGAAGCUUGCUGCUCAUGCGUUGCCAUGAACCUUUUCUAUACCAGUGCCUCUUGAAGACCUUGCGAAUCUCAAAUGACCGGCCUUGUAAGAUGCUAAUAGGAAACUAGAUAUGAUGUGGUAUUAGAAGUUUCUGAAGUUUUUUUUUGCGUUAGAGUUGUAUAUCAUGCUGUCUGUCGUAGGAGACGGGACGACAGAAGUUUUACUCCGUGAGGUAUAUUCCAAGUUCCAUUUUUA